AUGAAGGGCUUAGCAAAUACUUGGUGGAAACAGGUCAAGAGAAGAAUAGAUGUUACAGGACUGACCUGGGAGCAAUUUGAGACACUGUUCAAUAAGCAGUACUUCCCUCAGAGUUAUAGGGAUGAAAAAGCGUUGGAAUUCAUGUCUUUACUGCAAGGUGACAUGUCUGUAAGGGAGUAUGAGGCCAAGUUUAAUGACCUAUCUCGGUUUGCGCCAUCUUUGGUGGAAUUUGAACACCUGAGAUGUCUUAAGUUUGAGAAGGGCCUCAAGAACUCUGUGAGGAGAUCAUUGGUAGCUUUGAGAAUUCAGAAUUUUCGGGAUUUGGUGUCUGCUGCUACUAGGGUGGAGCAGGAUAACAUGGCCUAUCACCAAAGUAAAGAACUAGUUGGGCGAGUUUCAGCUUCUAGCGGACCAUCUGCUUCCGGCGGGCCACAGCGGAGUGGUAGAAGGAACCGCAAUCAGGGAUAG